AUGCGUUUUAAACACAUCCUUAUCCUGGCCGCACUCAAUCGCCUGGCUUUAUCGGUCCCAAUUGAACCAGAGCCGCAGCCAUCUUCAAUCACCAGCGCACCACCCACUUCUACGACUGAUGCCAACAAAGCCGCACCUCUUGUCGAUGGCAACUUACCAGCUCCAGCAUGUGCCGGAACACCAGAGAACUGCAAUCAAGAACUCGCAAAACCAGCAGAUGUUCCCUGUGAAGGAAAUGUCGAGGAGUGUGGCAAUUUAGAUGGUAACGUCGUUGAGACGAUUCCCAAAGUCGGGCCCGAGGAAGCACCAGGCUGUGGAGCAGACAUUCCAAUAGAAGAUCUACCAAUUGCACCGGGAGAAGUCCUGCUUCUCAGCUUGUCGUUGGACGAACUGAAAGCCCAAGUCAAACUCCAACCAGAGGUUUUUAAAAAGGCAACCACGCCGGCCCCAGGAUCCGUACUCCCUUUGAUCAUCAUGGAAUCUACCAAGGAAAACCUACAAGCGGUCGGAAUCAACAUGACAAAAGCCCAGAUCAAAGAAGACGAGCAAAAGAAUCCAGAUGCGUAUAUGUAUGGACCGCCUAUUGCGAUCGAACUAGCCGAAGCAGCAAAGACAUUGACGUUCCAACUUGACAUCUACCAAACCGUGGAUGCGGCACCAGAACCCACACCCGCCGUACCAGGCGGAGGUCCAGUUCCUGCGGAGGCCACACCGGCUGUGAUGCCCGCAGACAGUCCAUAUUCAACGGGGGAUCCUAAAUUGGACGAUUUGUACGCACAAUCGGAUAAGAUCAUGGAUCAGAUCAACAAGUACCAAGAUGAGAGACAGGGGAAAAUGGAUAACCAAGCGUUGGAGGUGAUAAAGCAAGCUCAAGGCGGUGGAGGGGCUCCAACGCCUGGAGGUGCACCCGUUCCGGGGGACAAGAAACCGGGUGAGAAUGGAACGCCUGCGCCUGAAGACGGAAAGCCAAAGGAAGGUGAUCAAGCGAAGCCUUCAAGUAGCACGGCGCCUGUACCUGCUCCAUCUGCGCCGCCGGCUAUGGCGGGACAACCACCAGCUCCUCCAGCAAUGAAAGCCAGAGAGGUCAAAGAGAAUCUGCUAGGGAGAGAUGGACCGCAUGUUCAUCAUGCUACGCCGAAGCUUAGAGUAAGAGAGGCACAGCCGAAAUCGGCGGUUAGAGCUAGGGGGCUCAAUGAUAAAUUGUUGGGGAGGAGUGGGUAUGGACAUGUUCAUCAUGCUAGUGGGAGGAAGGCGUGA